CUGGCUUUCGGCAAAAUAGACGCCUCUCGAAUGGCAAGCACAAGGCGUCGCCUCUACCGAACCCCUUUCCUGGACGACGCCCGCCCUUUCUCUCGGCCUCGAACAUGAAGUCCCGGCCAAGUCAUCGACGCCGGCGUUUCCACUCGCGGGCCGGGUCCUGUGACCGCUGACGGCCGUCGACGUGCCUGGAGUCGGGUUGCGGUGGGGACUCGGGCGAUUCGCGGGAAGAAAGUUGGUAAGGCAUGGAAGGCUCGUCGGAAUAUAGAAAAGGGGGUCCCGGGGCUGUUUUGUUGUGAUAUCUCGGGCUAUCGGGCCGUCGAAUGAGCGAGGGAGUGGAAAGCGCGAAAGACGGGCGAGGGCUGGGCACUAAGAUCCAAUAUAGACUUCAUUAGAGCUGGGCAGUGGAGCUGGCUUGCCGAGUUAUGAGAGCGAGUGGGGAAUUUGCUUUUCAGGGGCAAGUCGUCCGAUUCGAUUCGCCGGAUGGGGAGCGAACCUGAAAGAGAGAGGCAGACAGGGGUAUGGCAAAAGACCGGAAGCAACACUUACGAGAUCAUACGUGCAAAUAAGAUCCAAUAUGGACUCGGAACAAUGGGCUCUCGACAGCGGGAGGUGCAGCUCUGUAUCUCGUGGACUGAGGUCCGGAGAAGGAUUAGGAUCCGAUCGUCGUUGUAUAAACGGCGGCCCAUUCCGCUUGGCCUUGGACUCGUUGACAGCUUUGAUCGUGAUAAUGGGAGAUCCAAUUUCCCGUACUCUAAAUUCGUCUCUUUCGCGAAAUCGCGCUUCGUCGUGACGAGGGCUGGGCGGCGAGCCAGAUCUCCCACCACGAGAGCCCGAAGGCCCACGCACGCAAUGAUUAUGUGUGGCCUAAUGAUUGUGAAAAGCCGAGAAUGCCCGGAUUUACUAUUACGAUCGCACGCUGUCCACAUCAGAAUAGUCACAGUGCGGAGCCACCACGAGAAAGAACGAGAAACUUGAACUCCGCGUACAAUUUCGAGGCGGAUUCUAAGUAUAGCAGGCGCGAAACCCUUCACGAAAAUCCCAAUCAGGUCGUUCGUUAAUGACUCUGGACCAGGCGCAGGGCUCAACAUCAUGCGACAGACUGGAGUUCCUCGCUGCUGAAGAAAGCAAGCCGGAAGCCUAAACUGGGACGCUCGACAGGAUUGGAUACGCUACAGCGCUGCAACUGGGCUGGGCCCCUGGACGCGGACACCGAACCGGACGGCAAGAAAGUCAAACCCCUCGUCACCCGCAUUAAGUCGCAGGCUAAUCGUGUUUAGGGCCUCCGUCCAUGGCUGCGGAUCUCAUUCACAUAUGGCUCGAAAAAUUGCACAAAUCCGAAUGGAGAACACUCUCGACUGAGGGACUGACGUCCAUGUAUGGUGGGCGACCGACUGUUGCGCUGUGCCGUAGCAGGUCACCUGCGGGCUCGAGGGCGGUUCGCGGUGUGUCGGUAAAGCAGGUCGCAAGAAAGGAGAGCAUUUCGCAUGUUCAGGACUGGAGUUUGUGUUUGACGUUGGAGUUUGUCCAGCAAAUAAUACUCACACACUUGGAUCGCCAUGAAGCAUGGUUUCCUCUUGUUGCGUUCGAUCCGGUCCUCUCCCUGCCUCCCGACUGCCGAUUUUAAGAAUCCACAAACUCGCAACUCUUGAUUGCUGGAAUAGCGGCAACAUUUGACCUACGGAGAAGAGGGUUUGUGACAACUGGGUGGCAGCGAACCAAAGUGCUGCUGGGCCAGUUGGAAGUCGGCCAGGGCCGACGUUGUAAGUGGGAAGAGGAUUGCCGACACCGAAGUUGUCAAGGAACAGUUAGAAAGCGUUGGGACAACUUGUAUUGAAUGGUAUUUAUGGUAUUUUCGAUGAAUGGACGUUGUCCCCCAGUGCAUUGCGAAGUCAGGCUGUACGCCUAGUAGACAAUGCAGAUUAUGGAGGCC